AGUGUGUACUGUUCGCUCCGGAGUAGUACUACUGGCGUUUCCUACUUUCAGCCACGGAUUGUGUUUUAAUAACUGAAUCCUAGGACGUUCAUGGAUAGUCAUGUCUCAAGAGGAAAAUGCGGUUUCCCAUGAACUUUUCAAAGAUGUAAAAUUCUACGUGGUGGGGGACAUUGACCAAGAGGUGGUGCAACUGCUGAAAGCAGGAAAAGGAAAGGAGGUGUCAUACAAUGCCCUGGCCACUCACAUCAUUGCAGAGGACGGGGACAACCCAGAGGUGGGCGAGUCCCGAGAGGUUUUUGACCUGCCUGUUGUUAAGCCAUCCUGGGUGAUCCUCUCAGUCCGAUGUGGAGACCUGUUACCAGUUACUGGAUUCUCUCCAGAAUCAGGACAGAUAUUCUUUGGUGUGACAGCUUGUCUUCCCAGACUUCCAGAUGAUCUCAACGCCUUGUGGGCCUACAUUACUUUUUAUGGAGGAGAAUGUCAGCUUAACCUCAACAAGAAGGUCACCCACUUAGUGGUGAAGGAACCAAAGGGGGCCAAGUUUGAGUGUGCCCUGAAACAUCCUGGCAUCAAGAUCAUCACCCCAGACUGGAUAACCGAUUCUGUGAAAGACAAAAGCAGGAAGGACGAGGCACUAUAUCACCCCAGACUCACAUAUGUGGAGCCUGAGGAAGAGGAAGAGAGUGAAGCAGAGUCAUAUGACCAGCACUCGCAUUCAGAUGGAAGCUACAGCCCCCGGCGAUCCAGACUGUCCAGCGGGGCUUCGUCUGAUGAGGAGUCCAGCCCCCGCAGACGGCCGGGGCCCAAAAAACUGAAUUCUCUCUCUCCGACGUCCCCCCGCAAACCCGAGCGCCGCAGUGAGCGCAUGUUCGAUGACUCCGACGAUGACUCCUCCACAGAGAAGGAGGGCACCAAUCUCAACUGGACGCCGGCUGAAGUUGUCGCGCCAACGCCCCCUGUUCCAACCGGCACAGCCAGGCGGCGGGGCGGGCCGCCCGGCACCAAAGACCCAGUGUCAUCUGCAGGCAGUGGGCUGAUCAACCUGUGUGCCACUGUGCCUCCUGUACCUGGCAGCGGGGGCACCAUGCCUGCAGAGGCUCGCUCUGCUGCUGCUGCCAUUAGUCACACCACACAGCAGGGCGUAUCGGUUCCAGAGGGCAUUCCCGGGUGGAGUCCAGCUGCUAGAACCCUCCGCAACAUUACUAACAACUCUGACAUGCAGCCAGCCAAUCGACCUGCCAGUGUAGCACAUAUCAUCCAGAAUCUGGGAGCCAGUCAGACAAAACCAUUGGAACAGCAGCCCAAUCACAGCCAUCCUCCGACCCCCAACAGCACCAACCCUCCUCUGUUCAGUCAGUCCAAACUUGCUGGCCAGCCCCUCACAGCAGAGCAGCAACAGCAGUUACUGCAACAGCAACAGUCACACCAGGCUGCCCAGCAACAACAUCAACAGUUACCACAGCAACCGCAGCAUCCCAUGAUGCACCUCCAGCAGCAGCAGCAGCAUCAGAUGAUGCAGCUACAUCACCAACAGCAACAACAUCAACAACAGCAGCAGUCACAGGUUGCUCAGCAACAAGGGUUCCCACAGUUGCCCCAACAGCAGCAACAGUUUCUGCAACAACAACAGCAGAUGCACCAACAGAUGUUUCCGCAGCAGCAGCAGCCGCAGCAGCAGCAGCAACAUGCAUUCACCCAGCAGCAGCAGCAGCAGCUGCGGCCUCAGCAGCUCCUACGGCCUGGUUUACAGCAACUACAGCAGCAACAAGCUCUGCAGCAACAGCUCCAACAGUUCCAACAGCAGCAACGUAUGCAGAUGUUACAGCAGCAACAGCAGCAGAAUCAGCAGCAGUUACACCAACAGCAUCUACAGCAGCAGCAGCAGCAGCAACAUUUCCUACAACAGCAGCACAUGCAGCAGAUGCAGCAGCAGCAGCACCUGCAGAAUCAGCAGCAGCAGCACCUGCAGCAUCAGAACCAGCAGGCCCUGCAGCAGCAGCAGCAGCAGCAGACGACGGCAACGACGUUGCAGCCGCAGCUCCAGCCCCAGCUCCAGCCGCAGCUCCAGCCCCAGCUCCAGCCGCAGCUGCAACCUCAGCUCCAGCCCCAGCUCCAGCAGACUCCUCACAUCUCCCAGCUGUUUGGGCAUGAACCGGGACAAGAAAUUCCACAGGACGGCUUCCUGCUGGGCUGCGUGUUUGCUAUUGCUGACUACCCAGAACAGAUGGCUGACAAACAACUCCUGGCCACAUGGAAGAGGGUCAUCCAGGCGUGUGGAGGCACUGUCGACCCCACCCUGACCAGCCGCUGUACACACCUGCUGUGUGAGAGCCAAGUCAGCAACAUGUAUGUACAGGCACUCAGAGAGGGGAAGCGCUGUGUAACAGCCCACUGGCUCAACACUGUCCUGAAGAAGAAGAGAAUGGUUCCUCCUCAUCGGAUGUUACAUUUGCCUUUCGCCUUCCCUCCUGGAGCUAAACCCUGCUCUCAGCACAUUAUAUCAGUGACGGGUUUUGUGGAUGCCGACAGAGAUGACCUGAAGUUGAUGGCUUACCUGGCUGGUGCCAGAUACACUGGAUACCUGUGUCGCAGUAACACAGUCCUCAUCUGUAAAGAGCCUAGUGGGCUUAAAUACGAGAAGGCCAAGGAGUGGAAGAUCCCGUGUGUGAAUUCCCAGUGGCUGUGCGAUAUACUCCUGGGCAACUUCGAAGCACUGAGACAGAUUCAGCACAGCAGAUACUCCAUCUACACACACCCUGAACCACUGGUGCCUAACCCACAGCUGGUCCAGAACCUGCUGGCUGCUUGGAGAGCGCCGAUCAAAGUAUCCCCUGAAGCUCUGGCGAGCCUCCAGCUGCUCCAGAAGCAGAAGAUCACUGACUCCACCAACCAGCCUGCAAGCAAGAAGGCCAGACUGGAGGAGAUCCAGUCCCCCAGUAAGAAGCUUCCUCCAGAGUCCACUCCCCGAGUCAUGUUCACAGGCUUUGAGCCUGUACAAGUACAGCAGUACACAAAGAGGUUACACGCUUUAGGUGGCGAAGUAGCGGACAGCAGUCAGAAGGUUACUCACCUGGUGGCCGGUAAGGUGACCCGCACCGUCAAGUUCCUCACCGCCAUGUCUGUGGUCAAACACAUCGUCAGCCCAGAGUGGCUGGAGGAGAGCUGGAGGAGCCAGAAGUUUGUGGAUGAGCAGAGUCACACUCUGAGGGAUGCGGAGGCGGAGGUGUUGUUUGGCUUCAGUCUGGAGGAAUCACUAAAGAGAGCCCACAGUGCACCACUCUUCAAGGGGAAGUACUUCUACCUCACCCCAGGGAUCUGCCCCAGCCUCAGCACCAUGAAGUCCAUCCUGGAGAGUGCUGGGGGAAAGCUGCUGGCCAAACAGCCCUCCUACAGAAAGAUCAUGGAGCACAAACAGAACAAGAACCUUCCAGAAAUCAUCUUAAUUUCUUGUGACAAUGACCUCCACCUCUGUAGAGAGUACUUCUUGAAAAACAUUGAUGUCCACAACGCUGAGUUCAUCCUGACAGGUGUUCUCACCCAGAAACUGGACUACGACUCAUAUAAAUUCACUUGACGGCAUGAAGACGGGAAGGAGGAAGAGGAGGAGCGGAUCAGGAAGCCACCUGUGUACAGUCCAGCCACACUAACUUUUCUAUGUUUUUAUUUCUGUGCAUAGAUCUCCAGUCAUUUUUGUAGCCUUUUGUUACCUGUUUGAGAAUAAAUAAAUAAAUGGAUGUUAUUUUUGUGAAAUGAAUGUUUAAAUUAUGCAGGAUUUUUUGGACAUUUUUUUUUUCCUGUUUCCAGAUUUAAAAUGUGUAAAGGCUUAAGCUCAUACACGCUGCUUUUUGGAAUAAAAACCUGUACAUUUGUUUGUGA